AUGUCGUCCGGAGUAGCAGUCGAGGAGAGCCGCGCAAAACGCAUAGAGCGGCUGCAGUCCAAGUUCAGGGAUCGUGGCGGGAUCUUCGUGCCUUCUGAGCACAAUGCGCUGCUCGAUGUCCUCUUGGCGCGUGGCGUGAACGGCGAGUCGCCCUCCAAGCGCCGCAUGUCGCGCAAGUCUCUGAACGCGGCUGUGAUAUCCACGACAUCGCCUCUCACUGAACGGCGUCAACACGAUGUCGAAGACGAGCUGCCCAUCACGGCACAAAGCCCAGAAGACCACAUAGAGGGGUCGCCGCUCCGACCACCUGCAGGGACCAAGGCUCGUAGAAGGCAAAGUACGAAGCCGGCAAAGGAGGUCAAGGCCAAGGCAAACACCAGGAGAAAGUCGGUGGUAGGAGAAACUCAAUUGACCGCCAGAGGACCUCUUGCUAUAGAGGGUGAGCCUGCUGCUGUGACGAAAGCGAAGCCCAGGAAGUCGGCUCCAGGAGGGAAGAUCGUGGGGUCUCUGGCUAAGAGCAAAGCGAAGACGACUAGGAAGUCGAUGACAAGCAAGAAAAAAGCGAGUGCAGAGGCGCCUGUGAUAGAGGAAGAAUGCGAGCCUGUAGCCGGCCCUUCUCGUCCACGUAAACCCCAGGCCAACAAGUCUCAAGAAAGGAAUAACAUCCAAGAGUCCGUGAUUGCUGGGCGAGAGCUGGCAGAUACCCCUGUGCAACCCGCCACUAAGCGUGUAAUCAAGAAGCGUGCAACGCAAGUCAAUGAAGAAGCGCUAGAGGAGGAUAACGCAGACAGCGUACGCAUGGAGAUCAUGGCACACAAACGGUCUUUUGCUGCCCCAGGAGAUUCUGAUCAAGAGAAUGAUCACGAGCCACCUCAGAAGAAGCGACUCAAGACGGGGAGCUCAAGAUCGAAAUCGGCCGCUCCUUCACGGGAAACUCAUGUGGAGGCCGCGGAGGAAAGCGAGAACGAUAUUCCUUUAGCUUUAGUAGUGGAAGCGAAGAGGAAAAGGAAGGCACCUCUUGUUCGUCGACUAGUUGCUUCCUUGCAAUCAAAGUCUACGUAUUCAAAUAAGAGUAGGACAAGUGGUCCGGCGGCUAAAAGGACCGCCUCUGCUGAUGAUUCUCAGUCGGAUAAGCAGGCCGCAGCGGGGAACAAACGUGCAGAGUCGAGGCGGACGAAACGCCAGGCUUCCAUUAUGCUCGAUUCGGAUGCCAAAUUGGAGCACGAGCAUCCGGCGGAGAAAAAGAAAGGUUCAUCCAAGAAAAGUGAGAUACAGUCCCGUAAACCCCUCGACAGUGAUCAAAAGGAGCGGAGUGCCGACGAUAUUCAAGAAGACGAUGAGCCGGAAGACGCACCUCGGAAGCGCGCUAGGACACUGAAAUCCACUGGCAACACCGUCCUCGUAGACAUGCCCAUUCAACAACAGCAGACGGAGGCGGAACCGAAGGACAGCUCUAAAGCGCUCGCCUCGGGCAAUUCGAAGGCUAAAGGCAAGGUAUUGGAAGACACAGCGAAAAGACAAUUGCCUUCAACUGAAAAAGAAAAUCGUACUAUUCGCCCUGCAACUAACACGAAACGUCCCACAGUCAAAUUUAAGCGCAAACCAAAGCCUAGGCUAUCACACUUUCCUCGACCACCUCCUGAGGACGGUGAUGAAGCCGAUCCCAUAGAUUUCUUGUCAUGA